AUGCCGGCGGCGGCGGGCGAUGGGCUCCUGGGCGAGCCGGCGGCGGUGGCGGCGGGCGCGGAGGGGCGGCGGGCGGCGGCGGACGGAGGCUCCUUCCUGGCCGCCUGGCUGAGCGCGGCGGCGCCCCGGGAGCGGCUCCGCGACUUCCAGCACACCAAGAGGGUCGGCAACUACCUGAUCGGCAGGAAGCUGGGCGAGGGAUCCUUCGCCAAGGUCCGCGAGGGGCUGCAUGUGAUCACCGGAGAGAAGGUGGCGGUGAAAGUCAUCGACAAGAAGAGAGCCAAGAAGGACACCUAUGUCACCAAGAACCUGCGGCGGGAAGGGCAGAUCCAGCAGAUGAUCCGCCACCCCAACAUUGCUCAGCUCCUGGACAUCCUGGAGACCGAGAACAGCUACUACCUGGUCAUGGAGCUGUGCCCUGGGGGCAACUUGAUGCACAAGAUCUACGAGAAGAAGAGGCUCGAGGAGCACGAGGCGCGCAAAUACAUCCGGCAGCUCAUCCUGGCGGUGGAGCAUCUCCACAGGGCGGGGGUGGUCCACAGAGACUUGAAGAUAGAAAAUCUGUUGCUGGAUGAAGACAACAAUAUCAAGCUCAUUGACUUUGGAUUGAGCAACUGUGCAGGCAUCCUGGGUUAUUCUGAUCCCUUCAGCACCCAGUGUGGGAGCCCAGCAUAUGCAGCCCCUGAACUUCUGGCAAGGAAGAAAUACGGGCCCAAAAUAGACGUUUGGUCCAUUGGGGUGAACAUGUAUGCCAUGUUGACUGGAACCUUGCCUUUUACCGUGGAGCCCUUCAGCUUGAGAGCCUUAUACCAGAAAAUGGUGGACAAAGAGAUGAACCCUUUCCCCACCCAGCUCUCUUCAGCUGCCAUAAACUUCCUACGAUCCCUGCUGGAGCCAGACCCUGCAAAGAGACCAAACAUCCAGCAGGCCCUGGCAAAUCGCUGGCUCAACGAGAAUUACCCUGGAAGAGCACCGCCCAACGUCACCUACCCAAACAGGAUUCACCUGGAGGACCUCAGCCAGAGUGUCCUGCUCCACAUGACCGAGAAGCUGGGCUACAAGAACAGCGAUGUCAUCAACACCGUGCUCUCCAACAGGGCCAGCCACACGCUCGCCAUCUACUUCCUGCUCAAUAAGAAGCUGGAGCGGUACCUGGCCAGCCUGAGGAAGGCUGAAGGCCAGGACAGUGUUUGCCACAAGAACCAGCUCUACCAGAUAGAAAAAUACAAGGCAAAUAAAGACUCCUAUGAGGGCAAAAAACUCAAAGAACAAGGAGAGAAAGGGGAGAUUCUUCACCGUCAGCCCCCAAAGAAAACUGAGAAAGGUCCAGUUUCAUAUAGACAGCCUUCUUCCUGUCUUGUCUCACAGAUCCAGAACACCAAGGCUCUGCUGAAGGACCGGAAAGGCGCCAAGGCUGGGGGUCCCGAGAAAGACUCCAGCGGGGGGGUGAGCCCUUUCCACGAGCCCCUGGCGACCAAGGCAGGCUGUGUCACUUCCAGCUCCCUGGAGUACCUCGAGGUCCAGCAGCCGCCCCCCAGGACCCCUCGGCUCCUCAAGAGGCAGGAAUCCCCCCCGCAGCAGGAGCCGGCCCGGAGCGGGGGCCGAGCCAAGGACUCCCCCCUCAUCCUCAACAUCGUGCACUCCUUCGAGUCAGUCGACAGAGACGACCAAAUAGACCAGGUUUCCCCCUCUCACCAGUACAGGAUUUUAGGCUCCCCAAUGAAUUUCCCCUACAAAAGCUCCAGUGAAAGGACACUGUCCCCGCUCUUCCCCCCGGGGAGCACGUCCCCCGUCCACCCCACCCAGGUGUCUUUCACCUACGAAGAAAAAGCGUAUCCGGCGAAGGAAGAAGCCGUGUCCCCCACCCAGCUGGUGCCCAGCAACCCCCUGGGCAGCCCCAACUGCGUGAAAAGCAGGGGCAGGUUCCCCAUGAUGGGGAUCGGACAGAUGCUGAGGAAGAGGAGCCAGACGAUGCAGUCGGCCGGCGAGAAGCUGCUGGAGGCCAGGAUGCCUCAGCUGCAGCAGAUGAGCCCCACCCAGAUCUCCUUCAGCACAGCAGAUGCUGUCAGCGGCCAGUGCUAGCCUGACAUCCUGGGAUUUGCUCUGCUCUGCUCUGGGAUCUCACCUUUUUUUCCUCUUUAACCAAGAAGGGAAAGCCACGGGCACGUUACUGUCGCUGCGGAUCACACCGCAGUGCUCCAGCACGGGAAACAGGAGGUUUGCUGGUGAGGAAGGUGGUUUCCUGCAUAUUGAAGUUGAAAGAAAAGGGCUCUGCUCGUGCUGUUAAGUAAUAUUAGCAUUUGGCACCUGACUGUACAGCAAAACAUGUCCUGGAAGAGCCGGGUGAACGUGUACUUUCACUGCUCUCACCUGGGGCUGCAGCGGGGCUGGUUGGAGGCGGCGAGGGUUUGGCUCCUCAAGGGGAUGCUUGUGGUGCCAGGAUCUGUGGUAAGACUGUCCCUGCUCCCCCUGCCUGUGCCACACAGGACGUGGCACUGCUCCAGGCAUUGUUCACGGGGUGGGCAAGGGGAGAAACUCCAGACACUCUGUCCAAAGUCAGCCUGCUGACGAGCACUGCCGAGGAGAUGGCGGUGCUGUGAGCUUGAGUAAAAAGACACAAGUGAUCUCAGCGUUCAGAAAAAGUGGGAGUGCUGGAAGUCAAAGCAGAUUUUACUGUUGGUUACGUGAAGUAGCUCUAAAACCAGAAUAAUUUUUCUUCCCUUAAAAAAAAAACCCACUGAUUUAAUCACAUCACUCGCAAGAAACGGGAUUAUUUAAAAACAAGUGUGGAAAUGCACCUCGCUAAAGGCCUGCUCCUUUCAUGGGAUGGGUCUGCAAGAAGAUGCAUCAAGCAGAAAUCCAUAUUGCAAAAGGCUGUGUUCAAACAACCCAGCCCACACCUGCACUGGCCCCUGUUACAGCAAGGCAGCUUUGGACGCACCUGAAGGCUUCUCUGAAAGACUGCAGUGAAUUAAAAUGACCAAUAAAGGACACAUGAACCUGUACCGAGGUUGUUUUAUACUCCAGGAUUGGUAAUGCAGUGGUUACCAAAAACUGGGGGGUGUUAUGAGCAGUGAAGAUUAACUUUCUUAAGAGAUACCAUGUCCUGCAUACUGGUCAUGGUUUUUUAAGUAAACAAUACAUCUGAGAGGUUGGCAACAUUUUUCUUUUUGGUUUUGUUUUUGUCUUCAACCCCAUUUCCUAUAAAUUAGAAGGUUUAGCCCUAUUUUCAUCGAUAUUUUUGCAAACAGUUUUGUCACCCCCUUGGUUUGGUGUCCAGGCAAAUGCUGAGAGUGGGAGUUACCCCUUUUUGAGGUGUUUUCCUUCCAGUUUCAUGAGGAAGAUUUUCAGGGGCUGGCUGGGGCAGGGGAGGAGGUCCCCAGCAGAGCCCACAGCUGGGCACGUGUUCCUGGUUUGCAGCAUAACACAUUACACCAAAAUCUGCAUCCCAACAGGAUGAGAAAGACAGCCCUGAAAUAAUUUCAUUCGUUUUCACAUCAGAAAGUGUUGUACUCUGUUUGUACAGAGCACCUGUGCGUCCCAGGGGUCCAUUUAGGCUCUUCUCAUUUAGAAAUGUCAAAGCAUUUUCGUUUCCUUCGUGCUAAGAACAUGUCUGUGCUGCAGAGGCAGCGAGCAGGGACCACUGAAAUCAGGGAUCACUGAAAUCAGAGACCACUGAGAUCAGGGACCACUGAAAUCCCACCUUUUUUGUGUGCCAGACUCACGUACCUGAACAGAUGGCAGAUGCUGACUUGAAUCACAAACUCAGGUUUAUUUGGAACCCAAUAAGAGGUUGGGGGGAGGCAGGAAAGAGACCUGUAUUUUUUGUGAAAACCCAGUAAAUAUGUGUAAGAAUCAGAAUGAAAGCAAAUGUUAAAUCUUUUAUUAUAUUUAUAGAGAAUAUAUGAGUACUACACUGCUAAAACAUAACCUUGUAUCCAGUGUAGACAGUAGCUCUGUACAGUCCAACUGCAGUGACCGUAGAAGGGACUUACUGAAAUGCCACAGUGGAAAUUCCAGGGGGGGGGAAGCUGUAUUUGGUAUCAUUAUUAAAUACAUGUACUUUUUGGACAAGA